ACCAUUCUGGUGCCUUAUGAGUUCAUUGUAGUUGGAGAAGAGGAGACAUCUAGGUUUGCUGAGCCCAACUAGUGCCCCAUAAAGAUAGUUGCUCAGGGGAACAGGAAGUAAGCGGCUGUCAUCUUUGAGUGGCAGGUGUAGAACUAGGGUAACUUUUGUGGACUCAGCAAAUCAUUUGUGGUGUUCAUUGAUGAGCCAAUAUGCUUGGCAGAAGACCUAGGAAAAGCCCCCAGGUGAAGGGUCAGGCAGCGGCAAAGCAGUUGGGGCUCUUUGUAGAAUUCAAUCCUGAAGAGAUGCUAUUAGAGCUGGAGGAUAAUGGGGACCUGGAAGCUGAACUGGCUGCUAUCACUGGAGAGUCCUUGCCCACUGGAAAAAACAAACCUAAGGGAAAAGCCCCUUUGCCUAUGGACCAAAUUGAAAAGAUGGCUUCUGAGUGCAUGAAGGACCUGAAUGAGGAAGAUGAUGAAGGUCUGGAGGAAGAUACCGAACUUUUGGCAGAGUUGCAGGAGGUCCUGGGAGAGGAAGAUGGAGGAGGAGACAGUGAACAUGAGACAGAAACAAGGGAAGCAUCUCCAGUUGCCCCAGUAACACAUACAGAUCAGCAGACACAGAUGACUCCUGCUAUUUCCAGUGGACUGCAGCAGACAAUUGAAGAAAGGAUAGCUAACUAUAAGUCAGCAACGGCAAAUGCGAAGGAGGCUGGUGAGAGUGCCAAAGUGAGACGGUAUGAGCGGGGCCUCAAGACAUUGGAAGCCAUGCUGAGUGCAGUGAAGAAAGGCAAGAAAGUAAAUGAGGAAGAAAUGCCACCUCCUGUAGCAUCAGGGAAAAGCUCUUUGACUAUGCCAAAAGCUGUGCUUCCUGAUGACUUACCUGAAAAGCUGGAUGUUCCUGAUGAAAUUAUGGUACCUGAGGAGGAAGAAGAGAAGGGAGGCUCUCCUGUAGACCAUGAAUUAAAGGACCCCUGUGAUGUGGGCAUAGUAGUGAGCCCAGCUGCUCUCCAGGGCCAGGAUGCAGAUACAGAUGCUCUGGCAAUAGGUACCACCUCUGAAAACAUUUCCCCAAGCACACGGGCACUGCUUGUGACAAGGGAGAAAGAGUAUAAAUUAGCAGCACUGAAAGCCAAACAUAAAGGCAAUUUGGAGAAGGCAAAAGAAUUCAUGAGGACUGGGAAGAAGUUUAGCAUGCUGCUGGAAGCACUGGAUAGUGGGCGGCCAAUAGACCUUAGAAAUAUGCCUCCAGCACCACAGGAACUUGAAAGCCCAGAAAAGAUGCAGCUUCCUUCAAAACCAACUCCAGUUAUACUUGUGGAAACGUCCCAGCCUAUAACCUCAUCAAAUGCUCAAGGUUCUCUGCAGCAGCCAAAAACAGUGCUAGAGGCUUUGCAGCAGCGGUUGGAGAAAUACACAACAGCAGCAGCUCAGGCCAAAGCAAGUGGAGACGGUCGAAAAAGUAGGAUGCAUGAGAGGAUAGCCAAGCAAUAUCAGGAUGCCAUAAGAGCCCAUAAAGCAGGAAGGAAAGUAAACUUCGCUGAACUUCCAGUUCCCCCAGGAUUCCCUCCAAUUCCUGGAAUGGCUCCUGCAGAUGAGGAUGAUACAGUUGCCGCAGUACUAGAAAAUGUGAACAGGCUAGUUAAAAUGGAAGAAGAGGAGGAAGAGCAUGAGGGAGAUGAGGAGGAUGUGUCUUCCGUUCAGGCUCCAGCUGUCACGAAGCCCACCCAACUGCCCAAGAAACCAGUGCAAGUUGUUAAUCCGCUAACGGUGCCAUCUGCUGUAAUGCAGGAAGAGACUGUUUUGGAAAAAGAGAAUUCUUUGUCCACCUCUAUAACAGCACCAGAGAAAUCUGCAACCCUUGAGCAGCUCUCUCAAGUUGCUAGAGAGCAAGUUGAAUUUCUGGAGAAUAGAAAGAAACAGUAUUUAAAAGCUGCAAUCCAGGCAAAGAAGAAAAAUGAUAUUGAACAAGCCAAGAUGUAUCUGAGAACAGCCAAGAGCUUUGACCCAAAGAUUGAGCUGGCAAAAAGUGGCAAGUCCAUCGACAUUUCCAAGCUGCCUUCGCCACCGACAGAUGAUGAGGGUGACUUUAUCUUCAUACACCAUGAGGAUGUCAGGCUCUCUCAGAAAGCAGAAGAGGUGUAUGCCCAGCUCAUCAAGCUACUGAAAGACCAGCAUGAGAAAUGUGUGCAGUAUUCCAAGCAGUUCAUGCAUCUGGGAAAUGUAACCGAAACAUCUCGGUUUGAAAAGCUGGCUCAGAAUUGUAAAAAAGAUCUGGACAUCUUACAGCUUGCACAGGCCCAGGGGCUGGAUCCCCCAAGCCACCACUUUGAAGAGAGAACGUUUAAAAUAGUAAGGAUAUUUUCUGAACUCAGUAGCACUGAAAUGCAUCUCAUUGUUGUCAGAGGAAUAAAUUUACCAGCUCCACCAGGUGUGGCACCAAAUGAUUUGGAUGCAUUUGUGAAAUUUGAAUUUCAUUACCCUAAUACUGAGCAAGCACAGAAAAGCAAAACAUCAGUGAUUAAAAAUAACAACUGUCCAGUGUAUGAUCAGCUGUUCAAGUUGAACAUCAACCGAAAUCACAGAGGCUUCCGAAGAGCCAUUCAGGCCAAAGGAAUAAAAUUUGAAAUUUUUCACAAAGGAUCAUUUUUCAGGAGCGACAAGCAGGUGGGGACAGCACACUUGAAACUGGACAAACUGGAAUCCGAAUGUGAAAUCAGAGAAAUAAUUGAGGUUUUGGAUGGCAGGAAGCCUACUGGAGGGAAACUGGAAGUAAAAGUGAGACUCAGGGAGCCACUUAGUGGGCAAGAUCUUCAAACAAUUACAGAAAACUGGCUAGUCCUUGAACAUUAGUUCUGCAUAAGAUCCAGGAAAAAAGCUGCAGGAUGGACUUUAUAUUCAUAGAGCUUCUGCAAGCACCAAAGAUGUUCAAUGAAUGCACUACUGAACAUAACAUCUUUAUUUUCAUAACUAUCAUAUAGUAUGAGUUGGUAAGCUUUGUAAGUCUACUAUUGGAACUGAAUAUUACUGAUCCACAAAGACAGACUGACCUGUCUUAAGCAUGGUGAGAUUAAUAUUGUUGGUACGACAUGAAUGUUACCUGUUAACAGACUGGCUUGUACAAAGGAAGGGUGUCUUUACAGAGUGGGCAAAAAGCUUUGUCUUAACGUAUAGCAGUAUACUAAAUAUACUGCUGCAGAUGAAAUUAAUCCUGAAUUUACAAAUAAGAUUGUUCCCAGCCCUAGAAUAAAUGCUAGGAGUUCAGUAGCUAUUACUGUUAACCACUUGUGUAUUCUCUUUACAUCGCCAGGAAUAAGGAAUUCUUUAAACUAUUGUUAUCUCUCUCCCCACAUUAUUUAAAGCACACAGUCACACCAUUUGCUUGAGAGCACACUAGCAUGAGCCUUUGGAAAGAGGCCUGUACCAUAAGUGAGAAGGCUAACAGCUGCUUUUUAAAGUGCUCUUCUUCCCUGCAUUUUAUUCUGCUUGUCUUCAGUCUUCGACAGAGGCAGAAUGAAAUCUUAAGAAUUUCAACAGCAUUUCAGUUUUGAUUCAGAAAGGAGGAACACUUUAACAAUUUGGUGGGAAAAAAAUAACAUGAGAUCUUGCCUGUUUUGAAGAAUGUAACACACACAAUUCUAGGAGUCUGAAGUUGCCUGUUUUCCCUUUGCAUAGCCUACACAAGGCAGUUGCAGAUGAUUUUCACAGUAUGUGUGUGACUUCAUAAAUCUAAGUCUGCCAUGCAGGCAGCAUUUUUUUCUGUCUUAAGAAGAAAGAGACAAUACAGUGCUCAAUUUUUAAUUUUAAUAAAUUUAAUAUACAAAACUACAUGUUGAAAAUAAAAAUAUAAUAUGCAGUCUUUUGCAGUGUUAACUGAAUUUUAAAAGUACAUUUUUUUUCUUUAAACAAGUACUCAUUUCUUAACAAUAUGGUAAUCUUAAGGUAUAUUUUAAAGGCUAUGGUUGAAGCAAACCAGUCAGUCAAUAGCAUUUUGCACAAACAUAACCCAGACAAAUUAUUUUUUGUUGGGGGAGGAGGAAGAAAAAUAGUUUCAUCUCCCUCUGUCAGUAACUUACUAAUGUAAGACCAAAGCCACAAACCUAUGCCUGUUUAGACAGAAGAGGGCCAACAAUUCCCAGCAUGCCUGCCUGGAGUGAUACUGGGAGCUGCACGACUUUUUCCUCUCUUAACAGGCAUAGGAGUAUUCAUGAAGUUACUGGGAAAGCUGCUUCUAUGGUGAAACUGGGGUGCCAUUUCUUGAAGUAGGAAUCUACAGCAGCUAUGUAGUAAAUUGGAAUAGAUUUUGGAAAUUCUGUCAGUAAAACUGAAUGCUGUCACAGGAGGAAGCAAAUCUUAAAAGCAAUUUGACUUUAUAGUCAAGGAAAACACCAGGAACCAUAAGUUUCUUAGAAAUGCUGAGUAGGGUCCUUGCUCUGUAAAGGAUUUCACAGGUGCCUAUUAGUGCCUGCUGUGCCCCAUCUCCCAUAGCAGAAUAUUGAGCACCUUUGGUAAGCUCAGCACGACCUAAGAAGUAAAUGCAGAUUGCAUGGCCAUCUAUUAAUUUAGUCUAACUAUAUUUAGAAAUAAGAGUAACUUCUCCUAUCCUUUAAUUUGCAAACCAGGUCUAACGCCCUUGUCUCCUCCAGGGUCCUGUUGCAGUUUGCAAUAGGCUGUAUUAGGAAAGGUUUUUUUUUUUUUUUACUAAUCUUAGGCAAGCAGUGGCAGCUUGCUUGAAAAUGAGUUCUAUGUAUAUUCAAUUACACUUUGCUACUUACAGAGAAGUUAAUUAUCAUAGCUGUCAUUGCUAUAUACAUUUGCUUUUUUAAAAAAUGCAAGUGUCUCAACCUUUAACAACUGCUGCUCAUCCGUACUACUGCUGAUCCAGUUUUAAAUCUGUAUUGAAAAAGUGGAGCUUGUUCAGUCCAUUAUCUCCUUGCACAUGGAUGGCAGCAAUUGUGGAUGGCUGAAGCCUGUAUUUGUCUUCUCACUCUUUGGGACAGCUCUUCCCACUAAUUAUCAAUUUCUCAGGGACAGAAAUUAGAAAUAACAGGAAUGUGUUCGCCUUCUUUGCUAACUCUCAUUGCUAGUUUCGUAUGGUGCAGCAAGAGGGUUCAAGCUGGUCUCCUCUCAAAGGGUGUCUCAGGUGAGGCAGAGCACAAAUUGUCCAGCCUGAAGUGAAAGCAAAACAUGCAACAGCAGCCAAACUCUUACAGUUCUCACAGGCUAGCGUUACAUGGUGCUGCUACUAUAAAGUGUUAGAUAAGUGCAGGCUUAAUGGUAGGGAUAAUGUAAAUACAGUGCACACCAAUCAGGAUAAUCAAGAAAGGACAUUCCCUUAAAAAAGAAAAAAAGGACCAGCUGGAAAGAGAACAGUAAUUCCAUGUAACGGCUCUUCAAAGCUAACGAUUCUCAUGCCUGUGACGGCACUUUCAAAAUUCACAGACAUAUAAACAAAAUCAUGGCAGAUGUUCGCCAAUUUACCAGUCUGAGGAGGAAAGUUCCACAAGUGGAAAAAAUGUAAAACUAUCCUAUUUAUACACACAACUGCAAGCUUAAUUUACAUACAGCUUUUAGAGAAAGAUUGCUGCUUUGUUUGGGGCAGACAUAAAAGGUACCCUCAGUCAUGUGGCUUCCUUUCUGUACAUCUCUAUAGAAUAUCUCAACAUGUCUUGGAGGUACUUCAACCAAUAAUCUGGUCAAAAUAUGUAAACGAUAAUUUUUAAAUGUCUAGAGAAGUUAGCCAUAAACGGCAGUAUAAUGAGGUCAGAAUGGAGGUCUUGAUUGUUUCUUCAACACAAGUUUUACAAACAAUAAACAUUACAUUUCCUUUUUAUUUA